AUGACUGAAAGAUUGUUAGUAAGAGCACUGAAGGGUGGUAAAGACACCAAGAUCGUUACCUUGAAUGGGAAGGGGAUAACAAAGAUGCCCUCAGCAUUAAGUAAGCUGCCUGGCCUGAAGACUCUAGAUCUCCAGAAUAACCAAAUCCGCAAGGUGUGCCCGGAGAUAAGCACCUUGACCCAGUUGACGGCACUAAAUCUGGGAAACAACCUUUUAGAAGAAAUUCCAGAAGAGAUGAAAUAUCUUACAUCCCUGAAGAAGCUUCAUUUAUUUGGAAAUAAGAUUUGUAAAUUUGCACCCGGAGUAUGUGGUGGCUUACAACACUUGAUUCUGCUUAAUCUGAACAACAACCGGCUCACAUGGAUUCCCCAAGAAGUCAGCAGAUUAAAAAGCCUUGUAAUUUUGAGUAUAAAUCAUAACCAGCUAGCCAGCAUUCCUAAAGAACUUUGUUUUCUUGAGAAUCUUUCUGAACUUCAACUUAGCUACAAUCGGCUCCUUUCUUUACCUGAAGAAAUUAAGUUCUUGAAGAAGCUCCAGAAACUUGUCCUGAUUAGGAACAACAUUGAAGUUUUGCCAGAGGGACUUCGUGAUCUUCAGAAUUUAAGAAUCCUAGACAUAGCUGGAAAUAUUAUUCAGAUACUUCCAUCAGGAUUUCAGAAUCUGAAGCUGAAGGAAUUCUACUGUGAAGGAAACCCAUUGUUCCUGAAGAAGCCAGUUAAUGCUAUACAACAGGAGGAUGCCUGGAGUCUACAGGAAAUAACAUCAAGAUUUAUAAUGAAUGAGCUAGAAGGAAAGAGUCCUUUCAUAAUGCAAGCCAUACAAAGGCACCCACAGGUCAGAAACAUAAUCUCUCAGAGAAGAAAAUGUGCAAUAUGUGGAAAGUACUUUUUAACAAUAUGGCUGGAAUGUGUUGAAUUUGUUCCUCCACCAAAGAACUGGAAGAUAAGCAGAAAUCUAAAGCUGGUACCUCUUCGAAUAUUAAUUUGUUCUUACAACUGUUUCAAUAAACGUGGCCCUAACCUCUUUGGAAUUGCUCAAGUAUAG